AUGGUCGCAAACGACAAGCCGGGCACUUUCCAGUAUGAGCAGACUCCAGUCUACACCACUAGCAAUGGCUGCCCCGUCAUGGAUCCCGAGUCAUCGCAAAGGAUCGGACAGAAUGGACCUCUCCUUCUCCAGGAUUUUCACCUGAUCGACCUUCUGGCGCAUUUUGAUCGUGAACGCAUCCCCGAACGAGUUGUACAUGCCAAAGGGGCUGGUGCUUAUGGAGAGUUUGAGGUGACCGACGACAUCUCUGACCUGACUUCAAUUGAUAUGUUGUCAGAGGUUGGCAAGAAGACAAAGUGUAUUGCGCGCUUCUCGACGGUUGGUGGCGAGAAAGGUUCGCCAGACAGUGCGCGCGAUCCUCGUGGCUUCUCGAUCAAGUUUUACACCGAUGAGGGCAAUUGGGAUUGGGUCUUCAACAACACACCUAUCUUCUUCCUCCGAGAUCCAAGCAAGUUUCCGAUCUUUAUUCAUACUCAGAAACGAAAUCCACAGACGAACCUCAAGGACGCCACUAUGUUCUGGGACUACCUCUCGACGCAUCAAGAGUCGGCACACCAGGUGAUGCACCUCUUCUCUGACCGUGGCACCCCGUACUCUUAUCGUCAUAUGAACGGCUAUUCGGGUCACACCUAUAAGUUUACCAGACCUGAUGGUAAAUUUAACUAUAUCCAGGUUCAUUGCAAAACAGACCAGGGCAGUAAGACCUUUACCAACGCGGAAGCUGGUCAAAUGGCUUCCGAGAACCCGGACCACCAUACGCAAGAUCUGUUUGACUCCAUCGAGAAGGGCGAUUACCCUUCUUGGACAUGCUAUGUCCAGGUCCUGAGUCCGGAACAGGCAGAGAAGUUCCGCUGGAAUAUCUUUGAUCUGACCAAGGUCUGGCCGCAAAACGAUGUGCCGCUUCGUAGGUUUGGCAAGUUCACCCUGAGUAAAAAUCCUGAGAAUUAUUUUGCGGAAAUCGAGCAAGUAGCUUUCUCCCCGUCGCAUAUGGUCCCUGGAGUAGAACCUUCUGCGGAUCCCGUUCUUCAAUCGCGAUUAUUUUCAUAUCCAGAUACCCACCGGCAUCGUCUCGGAGUCAACUAUCAACAGAUUCCUGUCAACCAACCGCUGCGCGCUUUCAACCCUUACCAGAGAGACGGGAUGAUGGCUGUCAAUGGCAACUACGGGGCCAAUCCUUCCUAUCCGAGCUCCUUCCGAAACAUGACGUACAAGCCAGUCAAGCCGAGCCAGGAACAUGAGAAGUGGGCAGGGGCAGCUGUGGCUCAGCAACUGCCUGUGACGGAUGAAGACUUCGUUCAGCCAAAUGGAUUAUGGGAAGUUCUAGGACGCCAGCAUGGCCAACAGGAUAAUUUCGUGAACAAUGUGGCUGGACACCUAUGCGCAGCUAGGGAACCGGUACGCCGGAGGACUUAUGAGAUGUUUAGAAGGAUCAACAAAGGCCUAGGCGCAAGGAUAGAGAGGGAGACGGAGAAGCUAGCACCUCAUCCGGCUUCUCAAGCCGCCGGGGUGGCUCAGGCUCGCCUUUGA